AUGGCCUCUAGAGUUGCUCUCAAUACCCUUAGGGCUUCCGCCUCGCGCGUUCGUCCCCAAACGGUCGUAGCCUCCCAGCUCAUGCAUGCUCGGGCUAUGUCGAGCCAGCAGCCACCCGCCGAGCGCGCGUCGGAGGUCAUCAACAAACUCCCUUCAUCCCCCAACCUCAUCACCAAGACUGGCACCGCAAUCCUCGGUAGCGGUCUCAUUGCCGCCGCCAUCUCCCAGGAGCUGUAUGUCAUGAACGAGGAGACCGUCAUCGCCGUCGGGUAUCUCAUCCUCUUCACUUACAUUGCGAAGAUCAUCCGGACGCCGUACAAGGAAUGGGCAGAGGGGCACAUCAACCGCAUCAAGGGCGUCCUCGACAGCUCGCGUGCUGAGCACACCCAGGCCGUCAAGGACCGCAUCGAGUCCGUCAAUCAGAUGAAGGACGUUGUAUCCCUGACUGAGGGCCUUUUCGCUGUAUCCAAGGAGACGGCCAAGCUCGAGUCCGAGAUCUUUGUCCAACGUCAACGCGUUGCCCUCGCGUCAGAGAUCAAGACCGUUCUCGACAGCUGGGUGCGAUACGAGCAGCAGGAGAAGGAGCAGGAGCAGGCCCAACUUGUCAAGUCGGUUGUGGAUAAUGUGCUCAAGAAUCUCAGCGACGAGAAGACGCAGAAGGACAUGCUCAUCUGGGCCGUUUCUGAGGUAGAGCAGCUUGUCAAGAACAAGGCCAUCUAAGUUGCUUCAACCUGGGGUUAAAACGUAGAAUAGACUGAGCUGAGGCCACUUUAUCGAAGUCGAAAGACAUCUGUCAGGGCUGGAAGUCAACUUGUCAACCUUUAGCCUACAAAUCCCCCCUACUAUUCUCCGGAGUAGUUUUUCACGCACCGAGGUCGUGUAAGUUUGUAAGGCCUGUGGCAGUGAGAGUGUCUUCAAAUCCAACUUUGUUGAGAAUGUC